CUGAGGUGACCUUUGUCACGUGACGCGGUAUCACGUGAUGAAAUCCCGGGCUGUGAUUGGCGGAGAGCUGUCCGUCCUGUAGCGCAGAGCCUCAACACGACAUUGAACUCGGCGCUGAAAAGCACAACAAUGCUGUGGAGUAAGGUGUUAAAGGUCGGUGUACAGACGGGGUUGAGGUUCAGCAGUGGUGCAGCUCGAACAGCCCCUUUAGCGAAGAGUUCUAGUGCUGGGUUCUCUUUCGAUUUGACAGAGCAGCAGAAGGAAUUCCAGGAAGUGGCCCGGAAGUUUGCGCGAGAGGAGAUCAUCCCUGUGGCUUCAGAGUAUGACAAGAGCGGUGAAUAUCCGGUUCCUCUGAUCAGGAGGGCGUGGGAGCUCGGGCUGAUGAACUGCCACAUCCCAGAGGACUGCGGUGGACUCGGCUUGUCCAGCUUCGACUCGUGUCUGAUCACGGAGGAGCUGGCGUACGGCUGCACGGGGGUUCAGACCGCCAUCGAGGCCAACUCUCUCGGACAAAUGCCGGUCAUUAUCGGCGGUAACGAUGAACAGAAGAAGAAAUAUUUGGGCAGAUUGACUGAGGAACCGCUGAUGUGUGCGUACUGUGUAACUGAACCCGGCGCAGGCUCUGAUGUCGCAGGAUUAAAGACUCGCGCUGAGAAGAAAGGAGACGAGUACAUCGUCAACGGACAGAAGAUGUGGAUCACCAACGGAGGAAAAGCGAACUGGUAUUUCCUGUUGACUCGUACUAACCCUGACCCUAAAUGCCCGACCAAUAAAGCUUUCACAGGCUUCAUCGUCGACGCCGACACUCCUGGAAUUCAGAUCGGCAGGAAGGAGAUGAACAUGGGGCAGAGGUGCUCAGACACUCGCGGCAUCACCUUCGAGGACGUCAGGAUCCCUAAGGAGAAUGUGCUGAUCGGAGAGGGGGCGGGGUUUAAAAUCGCCAUGGGAGCCUUCGACAAGACACGCCCUCCUGUUGCUGCAGGAGCGACGGGUCUCGCACAGAGAGCGCUGGACGAAGCAACCAAAUAUUCACUCGAGAGAAAAACUUUUGGUCGGUUUAUCGCCGAGCACCAGGCCGUAUCGUUCAUGCUGGCCGAGAUGGCGAUGAAGGUGGAGCUCGCCCGACUGGCCUAUCAGAGAGCGGCGUGGGAAGUGGACGAGGGCAGGAAGAACACCUACUACGCCUCCAUCGCUAAGGCCUACGCCGGAGACAUCGCUAAUCAGGUGGCGUCUGACGCCGUGCAGAUAUUCGGAGGAAACGGAUUCAACAGCGAAUAUCCCGUCGAGAAACUGAUGAGAGACGCCAAGAUCUAUCAGAUUUAUGAAGGCACUGCUCAGAUCCAGAGGCUCAUCAUUUCCCGAGAACAUCUCAGCAAAUACAAGCAGUGAAACUCUCCAGCUUCUUCCCCCAGCAGCAGCACUUCAGAGUUUAAAGAUUAACACAUGGAUUGUUACGGGCCUUCAUUAUAAACCAUUUACGAUCAUUUAACCGACGAAUCGUUUAACGAGUCGCCGUCCAGCGUGUCUCACGUUUGUUUCACGUUGACAUUAACACACCAUCAGGUGGAGGUGUUCCUGUGCUCUGCGUCUGCAUCCUCAGUGCUUUUAUAUGCUAAUGAUUUGUUCAGUUAGUUUCAGGAGCGUUAGACGAGUAUCAGAUACCUCACUUACACACACCACCUCUGGCAUUGCUCAUGAUUAUGUAUUACGUAGAUUUUUUUCUGAACAACUGGGAAAAAAAUGAUUGUGAAAUGGUUUGAGUUCUUUGUAAAUUUUCUAACCAGCAUGGCUUCCAAAAAAAUUAAUAAAGAACAAAGAAUGUUAUUGUAGAA